AUGGCAUUCCCUCUCCCACAGGGCAUCGCGCCCUCGGAGAUCGCUUUCCUGGCAGAGAUGGAGACGGUGACCAUCGUGCCUCGACAGCGUCUGGAGGCUUUGGAGUUGCUUGGAGGCCCCAUCGAACCCCUCGGUCCACCUCGUCGCGCCUCCGUUCCCCUCUGGCUUGCGAUGCUCCUAAAACGUCAACGCCGUGCCAACAUCAUACCCCCUUCAUGGCUACACCCAGAACCGCUUACGUUGAUUUUCGAAAUUGAGUCUGGACACCCAGAUUAUAAAGAUGCUUUCUCACCUCCACCCCCGCUCCCUGGCCAACCUAGUCUCCACGAACAAGGACAAGAGGCCGUCGCUCGACCACAAUACACGCCGGACGGUGAUAGAUAUUUGGCUGCGCCACCUUUUCUACCGCAAAAUACUGCCCAAGCGAGAGCGUCUGCUUCAGAGGUCCCAUCGUUGCCAUUUCAUUGGGUGGAGGUUGGGAACAUGCUUCUUGAUGUAGCGAGCGAUGACUUGGUCGACCCGGAUCAAAUCCGACGGUUGCUAAAGGACUUGCGCGAGGUACGAAUGUCCAAAAUGCGCUCUGGUGUAGAUGUAUUAGACUCGGCUGCAACUGGUGGUGGCGGCGUUGCACUGACAGGUGUUGGUGCCAUGGAGUUGGGCGAGGAACGUGGAUUCCUGGUCGGCGUGGUCGAUAAUCUUCGGAAAAUUGGCGCAUCAAAGGAGCAAGCUCGACGGGAACAGCUGGCUGAGCAACGUGCAAGUGGGUAUAAUGGAACCCAAGAUGAGGAAGAGGAUUAUAUGGAGUUUUAA